CACACAGAGGAAAGCGCUAGUUCUAAACACAAGGAACAUGGGGAACAUUGAGAACGUUAGACCCGCGGUCCGGUUCCCCCGUAGGGGCGAUUCUCCUCGAGGACGAGGGAACCGCGGGGGCCACUCCCGUCGCCCAUGGCAACCGGCAGGUAGAAGCAGAAGCGCCUGGCAACAGCGAGUGUAUCUGCCUCCUGACCCCGAUCUCCAGGCACCAUCUUGUUAUCUAACGUUCAUCAGUAGAGCUGUGCUGUGGGACAAAGGCGUCUAUCACUGCAUGGGCCUGACCCAUAGGGACUUCCUCCCUACGCUGUGUCCUCGGUUCAUGGGCCACAUGAAGGUCUCCCCUGCGGAUCUCAGACCCCCACGUGUCCUGAGUAGCCAACCCAGGCCUGGAGCUCGGUGGUGGGGGAACGGCAGUGGCAGACGCCUCCUGGUCCCCCAAAACAUCCAGAGCGGUGGAGGUGCAGGGAGGAGCCUGCAGUACAUGGGCCAGACCACUAGGAGACGCUGCGCAGUUGUCUAUGCCCCGACACCGCCGUCGCCUCCACCAAGUCGGGAGUUGUCGUCCAGCUGCUGCCCUAGCAGGACACCUCCCCGGCACCCCGAAACUGACCACAGCAGAGUCGAGCGCACUCACUGUCGGACUUCGAGUCCUCCGCUCUCAUUGGCUCUCGGCUCAGAAGAAGAGAGCGCAGAAGGAGAGAAGGCCGAGGAACGACAAGUGGUGGUGGACAAGGAGGCCGUGGGAGAUUUGGAUCUUGAUCCUCUCCUCUCUGCAGCUCAAAGUCCCAGUCUUAGUCCUAACCCUAGUCCUGAUCCUGAGCUGAAGGAGCCAGACUUGCUCUCGGAGGGUGAGGGGGAGUUGGGGUUCGAUACCCCCGCGGGAAGCUUCUCUCGGUCGGACUCCUUGUCUGACUUCAGCCGGCCCCCCUCCAGCCAGUUCAGCCGCAGCACCGACCUGUGCAGCCGCCAGAGCAGCAGAGGCUCCUCAGGGUCUGUGAUUCAAAGUGAUGAUGAAGAUCACCAGAGCAACAGUUGUGAUGGCAACACUGCAGAUGCUAAUGUUGAUGAUGAUGAUGAUGAUGGUUAUCUAAAUCACCAAGGACAACAGAUACCCUCUCAACGCCCCCCUUCAAGAUUACCUCCACUUCCUGUUCCGCCACAUUCUCUAACUCCACCCACAGAAUCCAAAUCAAGCCAGCAACUAGAACCAACACGCUCCUCCACAACCUCUGAUACAAGGUCCGACUACCCUGUUGGGGUCAUUAAGGUUCUAAAGGAGAAUGUUGAUGACCCGACACAGAACCAGAUAGCGAACCUGACUCCUCAUCCCUCGCUGGGGUCUGUGUCUUUGGCCACCUGGAGAACCUCUUCUCGCUGCCUGUCAGGGCGAAUAAGCGAAUCCGGAGCCAGCAUUCCCACUGGGGCCCAAUCAGAGUGGACGAGCCAGCGCUGGUCCCGCCUACCCCCCAUCAUGCCUAGCCAAGGUGUCAGUGGAUCUGUGGCAUCUGGCUGUUCUCAUGUCAUUGCUGUAGAGGAUGAAGAUGAGGAAGACGAGGAGGAGGAUGAUGAUGAUGAUGAUGAUGAUGAGGUCUUUGCUGAGCUGGACGCUGUGGCUCCCCGCACUGGGUCUUGUCAGCUCACAGACCACCCACUGAGCAGUGACCCAGGCACUAGCCCUACCUCACCUGAGACAGCUCUGUCUCCAGGUUUGGCGGCCCUCACUGUCGGCUGUGCCUCCGGAGGUUUGGGUUCUUUCUCCCGAGUCCACCUCCUGAUGCUGGACCGACCGGACCAAGAACUGGAACCUUACAGUUCUCCCCUGGACCUGGAGUGGAAUACCCCCACCCCCCCUCCCCCAGACGGGGCAACAACCUCCUGGUCCGACUUCAGAGGGGAAGACUAUCAGCAAACAGGGGCCUCCUGCAGUGUGUCAGAGAACAGUGUCCUUCUGGAGGGACAUGCGGCCCACUCUAUGACCUACUCUGAGAGAGGCUCCCCUUCGCCUUCAUCUUGGCUCCUGAGGACCAGUUUCUCAGACAUCAGUGUUGGUUCUCAUCCGGGAGAAGAUGGGGAGGACUUGGAGAGGAUCAGCUACACUGACGUGACCCCAGUCACCCGGCCGGAACAUUCUACUGAGUCCAGUCCCCAACUGGGAGAAUCAGGGAGAGAGGAUGACUCUGACGAAGACCCUGCAGGUCGAGGAGGCAAAGGGGAGGAGGAGGAGGAAGAGGAAGAGCAGGUUUGA